AUGCGUAUCAAUGUUAGCCCUUUUGAGCUUCACCCAAACCAGUUCUUGCAGGACUUCAACGUCCCCUAUGACCCAGAGCUUCCAAUCAGCUACCUCUUCAGCCUCGUUAGCAAGGAGCGGAACUGGAAGGCAAACUCCAGGACCUGGAGAAAAAAUUGGAACAAGUGUAUGGCAUGUGAAUAUGACCGCCUGAUCGGAUAUUGCAAUACGAACUUGGAGACCUGGCAAGAGCUAUGUCGACAGGUCGGCAUCGAAGGGAGUUUCAUGUCCACUACGAAGUGCAAGAAGGCUCUUGCCGGCGUCCAUGUCAAUAUCAUCGACGUCCUCGACUGUUGGAACACCGACGAUGUUCCUCGCCGCUUUGCCAGUCUCAGCCAGCUCGCGGAGUACACCAAGAAGACCAACAAGACCUUCAACCGUCACGUUGCCAAACAGGAUAAGAUCCUGAGGAUUCUGCUGCGCCAUAUCUUCUAA